GAUGUGGAGACAAUGCAACAUUUACAUAUCCUGUUAACUAAAUGGAGAUCAGUGUCCAUUUGUACUCAUCAUCGAAAAAACGUCACAUGAGACUCAGUGGGACAUUUUUUAAGUAGUUUCUUUGUUCUGAAUUUGUCAUUUGGCUAAAUACAACUACGUGGAUUUUCCAGUAGCACAUAACACACAACUGACAAUUAGCAGCUACAGGAACUACAGCAAAGUCGCCUGAAGGUCAUUGUAAUGGCAGCAAUGCAGUAAGUGGUCUAAAAUUAGACAGAUAUUCUUUGCCAUGUCUGUUUGAUUUAUACUUAGAGUUCCUACUUGAUGCAAAUUAGAUUCUUAUAAAAAGCCACCAACACAGUGAAUGUAAUAGUUUGUCCCUGCUGCAGUUUCAAUGAAAGGAAUGCUGGUCAGCAACACUUCAUGUAGAAAGUAAAGCUUUUCUUAUUACUGUGAAAAAAAAGAUACAGUUAGCGCUCCUCUCCUUAUCGUUAUUAUGUAAGAACUGUGUCGCUUAAAGAAAACAAAUACAGCUCCUUCUUACAUAUGGACUCCAGCAGUAUUUCUGUUGGUAUGGAUUUGGAGUCUACAGUAGUAGUGGGACUGGAUGUCCUGGCUUGUGAAAACAGCUUUAGUCAUUUUUAUUGAGCACAAAUCCCAUGGAAAGACUAAAUUUACUCAAUUUGGCUCUGGGAGUUGAAGAGGUUUAAGAGGCUCUGGCCUGAGGAACGGGCCUGGAAAUAAAAAAGACUGAAAGUGCUGUGAGAAACGCAGCUGUUCAAGGCGCCAAAUGCAGGCUGGCAACAGUUUAUAACUUAAAUUAGUUUUGGCUCCAGCAGCUGAUUCUAAGAAUGGAGAGACUAAAGGAGAGCCAAAGAAGGAGCCAGAUGACAUGUUUUAUGUCAGAAUGAUCCUUUUUGCAGGAAUAGACAAGACUUUCUUGAUGCUAAGUGCAAAUGUAAUUGAACAAUGUUGCAUUACACCAGAAAGUCUGAUUGCAAAAUUAUGCACAAAUUGUGUUUUAUUGUUUUUAUCAUCAACUGCAUCAAAUGGGAUCAAAUUCACAACAUGUUGGAUCAUUGUUUUGAGAAUAAUGGGGUCAGUUACAGCAGCAGCUAUUACCAUGUCCACACUGUGAGUCUGUGUUCUGGAGGGGGGAGGGCUUUGGAGUGGAAAGGGGACUGAGGGGCUGUAUUUUUAUAAACCAUGUGCUGCCCUGCACGCCUGACAGUGAUAAAGUAGAAAGGCUCCCAGAGUAGAAGUGGUGUGGCUUUCAAAGACAAAAGGAAAGUGAGGCAGACUCCGCCACACGGCUCUAAUUUGACAGUAAGAGAAAAGAGGAGGGAAACAUAAACAAAAUCCAAUCCAAAACUACAAAAGGUAUCAUCAAGAGGACAAGCGGAGUAGAUACACAUGGAUCUGAAGAAUGAAAACUCCUCAAAUGGCUCCAUGCCAGAGAUCAACUUGGAGAAGUUACACAAGAUGGCUGCAGAGCUGAUACUGCCGGGGAAAUUCAUCCUCAGGCUCCUGAAUGCCGCUCUGGUGUUAGUUACAAACUUACUGGCCAGAGUUUUGGGAAGCAGCCUGGUCAGAGGACACUUCCACCUGAUGCUGUCUGGUUUGGUUCUGUUUGGUCCUGUGCUGAGCUUCUGGGUGUCAAAGUACAGCAUCUUCGCCAACAGCAACCACUACCUGUACAGGAAGUUCCUUAAGUCCACUUGGGGUUGGACCUGCGUCUUCACAUGUUCCUUCAUCCUUCUCCUCUCCACCUCAGCCCGCCACUCCCCCUCUCUCUCCCUCCGCCACCUCUCUCGAAUAGGGGUGGUGGCGCUGCUCUGGUGGGGCUGUCAGCGUCUCCUGGCCCUGCUGGAGGAUGCAGCGGGAACCUGUUAUGAACCUAUGACCCCGGGCAGGGAUACCCAAGGCGCUGCCUCCUCAGUACAGCCCCUGCUGCUCCUGCAUGAGGACCAGACCAAGGCCUCCUGUCUCAAAGCCAACAUGGUGUGGAGAGGUUACGAAGUAUCCCAGGAUGUCCUCAUCCUCUGUUUGUGUUGCCUGCUGCUGGUGGAGGAAAUGUCCGUCUUUGGCCCUCACCUGGCUCAGGCAGAGCCUCUGCAGAGGUCGCCCGGUGGCCCUUUAAGGUUCAUCUUCCUCCUAUGUGUACUUCUACUUGCUGUUUGGAUGUUCCUGUUGCUGUGUUUGCUCGCACACUUCCCCCAGUUCCCCUCCCAGCAGCUGGGGGGAGCUCUGGGCUACCUUGGAUGGAGAGGACUCUAUCAGGGAUGGUACAGACUCAAACCAAGCUGGGGCUGUCCUGGUCUGCCAGGAGAGGGACUUUUUACCACCACAGAGAUGGACAAACAGCAGUAGUAUGAAACCCUCAGUGGAUGUUUUGAGGGUGUGAAUGUGACCUUGAAAGCUCAGAUGCGAGCUUUUGAUAGUUGUGGCUUCUCAUUAAGGUUGUGAAGAGAAUGUAGGUGUAGUGUUUUACCUGUGAUUACAUAACUCUGCCUUUAUAGGACCACGAAGGUUACUUUCACUGUAGGUAAAUAUUAGGCUAAAAACACAUUUUAAAUUCCCAUUUGGACAAAAGAAGCACAGACAGAUUUAUCAGAAUCGUGUCACUUUAUUUUGUAAUCCGAACCAAAAUGAAAGCACAGUAUGAAAAAGAAGACUUUUUUUGUCAGAGAAGGUGUAUUGUUACUUGAUAAGAGUGUCAUACUACACUGGUUGUAUCUUGUUAGAAAGACUGUGAGUGUGCUGGAAUCGUCUCAGUAGAUGAGAGCUUUGCCGUCUCCUCUGGGCUUCUUAAUCUUGUCAUAGUUCUUGUUAAUGAUGUCAAACAGCACGGCCUGGAGAGACGGAUACGGAGAGGACACAUCAGUGGAAAUGUAGCGCGAGAGAGAUAUAAGAAAGAUAGACAGCGUGUGAGAGAGACAGAAAAGGUUAGGGGCGGUAAUAAAAGCGGGAGAGACGCCCAGAUCCAGAGCUGUAAUCGUGUCAAACAGCUCCUUUCAUCAUCACCUGUACCGCCUUGUUCAUUAACAGCAUCAAACACAGGAGGACAAUAGCCAGAGGAAGGAGACAAACAGUGAUUAAUGGAUGGAAGAUGGAGCACCAAUCAAUUUAACACAAGCACAGCAAUUAGUUUAAUUACCCUCCUAUUAAGAAGGGAUGGAUUCCAUUUAGCCACCGUCACUACUGCUGGGACAUGGCUGGAAUAUUUUAGAAUGUGUGGGUAGUUUUAUCCAAAAUACAGUGUGUGAUCGCAACAGAUGGUGUAUGAAGUUUGAUACAUGUGAUUUACAAUAUUCAGAUGACAUGCACUCAGUCCUUAAAGCAGUCAGAUGGUUGUCAAAUCAGUUGUGCAUCCACAGUUUUUACACAUUUGAAAUGUUUCCACACAAACACAUAUGAAAUAAAACGGUAGGCGUCUUACAUAUGUGUUGCGGAUGUCCAGGACCACAAGGCGGAGCUCACAGUACUGAUACUGGUCCAGCUCAUGAACCAGCUGUCGGUAGUCUCCCUGCAGCAAAAAAAAAAAAAGCACACAACAGAGUUUAUAUGCAAAAUCAUACAGGAGACAGCACAACCUGUAUGUACCCAAUUUGUGCAGAGCAGAACAUUUUAAAAAUAGCAUAAAUAGAGCAUACAGUCUGCAGGUGGAGCACAAUGAACAUCCAUAUGUUUUAUAUAUAUUUUUUAUUCUCUUUAUCACUGAGAGUCUGACCAAUUAAAUCUUUACUAAAAUGAAUGAAUACACAGAAACAGAACGGAAAUAUCUGUAUUACAAUGGCUGAAGAUACACAACGUGAGAUACUGACCACAUGGGAUUGUUUGGAGGCUUUGGCCACAGCGUCACCUCUCUCGCUGUAAUAUCUAAAUAAACAAACAAAGGAGAAGUUACUUGUCAACAGGAUAUAUCAAUACCUGACCUGAAGUUUGCUAACAUUAGCUAAUAUUAGCCACCAUAAGCUACUGGUCACAGCCAUUGACUAUUUAUAAAUAAGAUGGAUGACAUGACAGCUCCCCAAGAGUGAAGCAUGCCAUGACUGACAGCUGGCUCCAACCCUGAUUGCUUGUGCACAGACUCCCAAUGACCACAGUAAGAUGGCAGCGGCCCUAUGCGGCAGUUGGCUUCAUUUUUGUAGCGGGAAGUGGAGACGCGAUGUCCAUCUUUAUAUAUGUCAGUGGUCACAUCAGCCAGUGUACUCAGUGUACUGAAUUGAGCAACAGUGUGUUUUAUUGCCUAUGAAUUGUAUGAGGGGAAGGUUGUAUAAUUUCUUCUCUCCAAAGUUCUGUAGUUUCACUUUAAAAUGAAGGAGUUCUUGCGUUUCACACUGCGCGCACUGACGCGUGAACUCAUUACACAGAUGUUCCUGAAGGGAGCCGUAAACAACAGUCAAAAUGUCAAACUUUGAAACGUCUGGAAGUCCCUGCAGCCAUUAAUAAAGGUGUAUUCAGUUAGUAUGACUACUCCUAUCUCUUUUCAGGACUGCAUGUGUGUAUAGUCCAUGACUGGCUAACAGCUCCCUGACACCUGUGUUUUGUUGGAUCUGUUUAAGCUGAAAAACACAGCUAUGAUGCUGAAAACUGUAUAUGGUGUUUGAUCAUCUGAAACUGAAAACCUAAAACAGCCAUUAACCAACCCAACUUACUGACACCUGUGUGGGUGGAUGAGGGUGCACGGGGACACGAACGACUACAUCAGUGUUGAUGAAAAGAGACGAUGAGGCUGUAUCUCCUUAUUCAAAUAAAUAAAGAAAAAUCCAGCACAAA